GGGGGCGAGGGGGGGGGGGGGAUAGGGGUAGCCCCCGCACAGCUGAGACCUGGACACAGAUGGAUGCAGGGCACGUCCUGGGCUUGGCCAAGUGCUGGCACCUGGAGCCCGUCAGCACCUCUCUGCUGUUGUGGGCCCUGGGCAGGGUGGUGGGACGGGGUGGGCAGUGACUUCCCCAGCAGCUGCGGAGAACGGCUCAGGGGGUCAUCUGGGAGCACAGGCACCAGGAGAGGGGGAAGCCUUUGGGGCUGGGAAUGGCUGCCUCAACUGGCACAACUCCGUGCCUCGGUUUACCCGUCUGACGGGCCGGGCCAAGGGGAGCAGUGUGUCCAAUGCCUGUGUGGUGCUUAGGAGCUGGAGUUUGCACCGGGUGGCUGGGAGCUCCUGGCAAGCGGCUGUGCCCAGGCCUCUGCUGUGUCCAGAGCAGCCGGCAGUCGGAAACUCUCUCUGACCCCCUCCCGCCGCGGGAGAGGAAAGCCCCCGCUCUCCUGAUUCCCAGCCCAGUGCCCUCUCCGUGAGGCCGUGCCCGUGGCUCGCCUGACCCCCCGGGCCCUGCACUCAGACUGGGCCCGGGGCAGGUCCCUGUGGGGCCACGCGUGGGUGGGAGGCCGGUGCAGGGUGGGACAGGUGGCGGUGGCAGUAUCUGUAUCCCGCGCCCGGGCGGCUGCUGCCUCCCGAUAGCAGGGCCCUGCUAAUCAGCAGCAGCCUGAAGGCCAAGGUCACGGGGGCAGGGAUGUUUCCCAGCCCUCUGCAGCCCCUGGGGGAAGCAGCGUGGCCAGGACACCCUCCCUGCUUGGCCUGACCAUGACCCCAGCCUGGGGCAGCAGCCUUGGUCUCCUGCCCUGCAGGGCUGGGGUGGGGGGCACCUGGAGCAGCCGGGGUCCUAUCCCAGGGCUGCAGUCAUCUCCGUAGAGCCUGAAGGCCUCUUGCCCUAUGGCACUGGGGCCACGUGAAGCUGCCCUGAUGGUGCCACGGGCAGGGCAGAGGCUUGGCAUAUCCAGUGCUCUCGGGCAGGACAGGACGGGACGGCUGGGGGAGCACGGAGCCCCUCGCUGAGCCCCUCCGCCCUGCCCGCAGCCUCCCUGCCCUUCGUCAUCCUGACGCUCGUGGACUCCCCGUACAAGCGCGGUUUCUACUGCACUGACGACUCCAUCCGCUACCCCUACAAGGCCGACACCAUCACCCACGGGCUCAUGGCCGGCGUCACCAUCACCUGCACCGUCGUCAUCGUCUCGGCAGGCGAAGCCUACCUGGUGUACACGGAGCGCCUCCACUCCAGGUCGGAGUUCAAUAACUACCUGGCGGCGCUGUACAAGGUGGUGGGCACCUUCCUCUUCGGCGGCGCCGUCAGCCAGUCCCUCACCGACCUGGCCAAGUACAUGAUCGGGCGCUUGCGCCCCAACUUCCUGGCUGUCUGCGACCCCGACUGGACCAAGGUGAACUGCUCUAUCUACAUGCAGCUGGACAACGUGUGCCGGGGCGACAGCCGCAACAUCACCGAGUCCAGGCUGUCCUUCUACUCGGGGCACUCUUCCUUCGGGAUGUACUGCAUGAUGUUCCUGGCGCUGUACAUCCAGGCCCGGCUGGCGGGGAAGUGGGCCCGGCUCCUGCGCCCCACGAUCCAGUUCUUCCUCAUCGCCUUCGCCAUCUACGUGGGCUACACGCGGGUGUCGGACUACAAGCACCACUGGAGCGACGUGCUGGUGGGGCUGCUGCAGGGCGCGCUCGUCGCCGUCCUCAUCGUUCGCUAUGUCUCGGACUUCUUCAAGCAGCGCUCCCCCCCGCCGUGCACCGAGGACCCCGAGCGCAAGCCCAGCCUGCCGCUCACCCCGAGCGACCCCGACCGCAAUCACUACAGCAGCUACCGGGGGGGGCCCUGAGCCGCGGCCCCCGGCGCACUGGGCCCAGCCGACGGCCCCCCAGGCCCGCAGGGCUGCACGGACGCUCCCUCCCCAUAUCAUCUUCUCCUCUCCUUCGACCCCACGGCUCCCAGGACCCCCUACCCCCCUCUGCAAGGGGGCACCGGGCCAGCGCUGGGAGCGCCAGCGUGGAGCCCAGCCCCUCCUGGCCCGCGGAUCCGGAGGGGCCCAGCGCCUGCGUGUGUGAGUCAUUGCUUCUAAGGGUGACUUUCCAGCCCGCCGUGCGGAAGAGGCCAGAGUGGGGUGGGGGGGAAGGGAGCUGGCACGGGGCAGGGGAGGUUUGCUUGGCAAGCCGAGAGGAAGCCUGGAGGGGCAGGGGGCUGCUUGCAUUUAUAUCCACGGCGUGGCCUGGCAGGGCAGCGACGCUGGCUUCUCCCACUGGACCAGGGACAACAGCUGCCCCGUUCCUCUCCCUCCGACACCCUUGGAAGCCGGCAGCUGGUGCAGACGAUGGAGGCACGGGCACCAUUCGCUCCCCGGCUCCUGUCUUGGGGUCUGCCUGUUUGCACCGGGCUGGGUGGGCCCAGCCCCUCCACGGCAGAUCCGACCGACCCCGGGAUGGCGGAGGGCGGGACUCUUCUGUGGUCAAAGAAACAUCCUCACUUGGGCCUGAUCCCAAACCCCCGCAGGAGGGCAGGCGAUGGACCAUGUCACCAUUUAUAUAUAUAAUAUAUAUAUAUAUGUGUGUAUAUUUUUUUUUUUUCCUUCGACAAGCCGCUGCCUCUGGAUUCUUUAUAAACAAUGUAAAUUUUGGUAACGAUGCAUUUUUGGGGGUUUUUUUGGUUAAAAAAAAAAAAAAAGUUUUUUUUAAAUUAGAUCAUCCGUAAAGAAUGGCAGCGUCAGGCCUGUUCUUCUGCACGCUGCAUGUCCGUGGUCUUGACGAUGCUGCAGCGCCUCGGUUUCUCUUUGCGGGGCGAGGGGGGCAUGAAACCCCACAUUAACGAGGGGGGGUACAGCGUUCCCUGCUCUUUCUGCUGCCCCUCCUGUUGUCCCUUCCCCCACGGGGCCAGGCCUGCCCUGAUGAUGGACCAUCCUCCACGUUUGUCAUCGGUCAGAGUUCAAUUAAUAAGGAAGCAGGCAGGCGCCUCGCGGCCUCUCUGGCCCCUUUAUCGUUCUCUGAUAGCACCUGGAAAUUCCCG